GUUGGAAGCACUGAGUAACGGAACCACAUCAAGAGUGCCAUGGAUGGAGCAGUUGCGUCGGAGCUUCUGGCGAAGCUGACACAAAACCUUCAGCAGCCGGACUUGAAUGUCAAUAGGCAGCUGAUUCACAAAGGAGACCGAGAUGUGAACUUGGUCGACUUUUCGCUGUUGCAGGAUGUACCUUGAUGAAUUGAUUAAUGAAACUUUGAACUGGGCGAAAUCAGAUAUCCCCUUCAGCCGUGCCGUCGCAUCGCUGACGGGCCUAGCAGUUGCUGACUGGGUUGGAGCUGCACUGGAGUUCCUGGAGGUGAGAGAUGAACCUGGCGAGAGCAGGUGGGAUCAUGAAUCCUUCACCUGGCAGAAUCCCAACAGAAACGAGAUUGAGCGAGGCAUUCUACAACCUGGACAGUGGACAGAUGAUACAUCCAUGGCGCUAUGCCUGGCUGAUUCGCUGAUUGUUCAUGGCAAAGUGGACGGAUCAGAUGUGCGACUGAGAUUUUGGUGCUGGAUCGGCGAGGGCAUGAACAACCCCUUCCGCUUGGACAAAGAUCGAAGCGAUCGUCGAAGUUUUGGCUUGGGUUUCAACACAGCAAAGUCUUUAAUGGUAUUGAGGCCUUCGGAAAUCAUCGCACCAGAAUACAUCAAUCCUGGCAGCAGUGAUUCUGGCAAUGGCGGUCUGAUGCGUUUAGCACCUGUGGCAAUCUUCUAUCACUACGACCUAGAGAUGGCUUUGGAUGCAGCUGCGAGAUCCAGCCUUACUACACAUCCAGGUGCUUUGGCCACUGAAACUGCCAAGUACCUGGCCUUUUUGCUACACACGGCGAUCAAUCGGCCAAAGGAGGACGAGCGGACUGCCAGAGACUUCCUGAUUCAGACAAGCUCAGCCUAUGCUGCUCGUUUGGAUUCCCUUGGGAGCACCGAUCCAGACACUACAGCAGCAAUUGCAGAGGUUCGUGCGCUAGCCACCAGCAGCAAGGAGGGUGCGCUGGAGAGAUGUUGGAAUUGGCAACUGCCUAGCCUUGAGCUCUUGGAAACUUUCAGGGCCCGCGGAGAGAAGUACAAUGGGCAUCCAGUGUCACGGUGCUAUGCUGGCAGCUAUUGCAUGGAUGGCUUGGCCAUGGCACUGCAUGCGGUUUCCAGCACUGAUUGCUUUGACCGCGCAGUGGAGAAGGCCGUCAAUUUCCUGGGUGAUGCUGACACUGUGGGUGCCAUCGCAGGUCAAAUCGCAGGGGCCUUCUACGGCAUUUCUGGUAUCGAUGAACGCUAUUUGAAUGCUCUGAACACAUGGGACCGUGGUGAGAUCGCCUGCAGAGCUGCCAUUUGUUACCUAAAGGGUGUGGCACUUCACCAUGGCUCAAAAUGGCGGAACUGGUAG